GGUUCGUGUCGCUAUGUGUCAUCCAGCAAAUCGUUCCUGUUCUCGUUAUAUAAUAUUAAUGACUACGCUCCUGUUAAGGUGAACAUCAAGUCAAGUCUUUACGCUAUUUAUACAUGUUCCAAUUACGGACCAACCUUUGGUAACGGACACGACCUGUACCUAUCCAACAACGCUGCAAGUAACCGCAAUUCCUACACAUACUGUGGCUACGCCUACCACCUCCCCCCUGGGUACUCUGCACGUCACUCUUCCUGUCGAUUUUAUGCAGGAUCCUACAAAUUCACUCCCACUGAUGCUGAAGUGUUUUACGAGAUAACAACUUAGUGUCUUUAUGCAAACUUGUUUGUUGACUUAGCCAACUUUCACGAACCUGGUUUCGCAAGAAUAGAAAUGAAGGUGAUCAUCUUGAAGUUCUUAUGUGAAAUUCUAGUUUAUUAUUCAGCUGUCCUUGGAUGUUUUCACUUACAAUUUUAAACCAUUUAAUUUGACCAUUAUUAGCUAUUAUCCUAUCUCCACGUAGCCUCCCACGCAGACGAUUUCAAGGGAGUUCUGAGAAAAUAUGACUCCCCUAAAAACGCCUGUGUUGGAGGCUAAUCUCUGCGACGUUGAAAAUCCUUUUGAUUUUCACUUAGGCUAGCCUUAUCUAGUUUGAAAAUCAGUUUGAAAUUGACGUUAGGAAAAAAGUUUUUCUUUACCUGAUGUAAUCUUUUUCUAAUACCUUCGACCUUUUUGACGAGAUAAUGAAACUUCCAUAUUAAAUGUUAUGGUGAGGAGAACGCACCAAGAGCAUGUCAUGGCUAGCUAUAGAUACAUGGAUGUUAUAUUGGAGCUGCAGAUGAAAAAACAAUAAGAGAUACAUGAUUUCCUAGUAUCCUCAUAAAAAAGUGAUGAAUUCGUAAGAUCAGAAUUUAUAAUUCAGAGAAGUCACCACUUACCAUUUAUACUGAAGUCUUAUGAUAAGAAGCCAUUCAAUCUGUUUUAUAUUUUGUUAAACGAAUAAACAUAAUUUAGUUUGCUUUGUGACUGUUUCUCUAUCAUUGGCCGCUCAGCCAGUUUUGAGACAGGUAUGGUUUAUUUACAGUUAGGUUUCUGUCACAAGCUUGGCCUCCCGUUUAACGAUCUCAGGGCUGGAGGCACUUUUAUUGAGAUUGUUCUUCCAGUUUUUUUUCAAGACAUCGAGCCGUGAAAACUGUUAACUUUGAUGUCAUUUCCACUAAAAAACUACCUUAAAACAGACAAGACGUCUAGAUGCUGGCGUUUAUUGGGUUGCAGUGGUCUAAGAUAGCUACUCCUUUACCGAGAAAUGGUAGUCCGAAAAAGAAAGAGACAAAGAAUACAUGUUAUAAACUUAAAACCCCUUGUGUCAAAUUUCAUUAGUUGGUUAAAGUCAUGGUCAAAGGUGGGGACAUUGGAACAUUUUUCCAUGCGAUGUAGGUACACAGACCUGUGCAACCUCGUCUCCAGGGCGCUUUUCCACCUCCAAAGCCAGGGACCUGUGGGAAAUCACGAUUAAAAUCAUUAUGCAUGAAACGAUCCGUAUGACCAAAAAAUGCUCUUGUUCUAGGAACAGUGCAUUACGUCGAACGGCGGAAAAUGUUUGGACACUUAAGAAUGAACUCGUAACUGUUUAAGAAAAUAGGUUUAUUGCCUUAAAUAAUUAAUUCUUCAGAAGUUACUUCGCGCUAAUUUUGGGCUAGCUUGUAGGUACAGUACGGCUUUUUCCAAAAUUGGCUAAGCAUUUAAAAAAACUUCUGCUUCUGCUUCUGCGCUGCUAUGGAAUGUUCCGCCACACAAUUACAUCUACUUUCUUAGUAGUGCUGGUGAAUUUACCACCAAUUUCAUACUGAGCCAACAGCAAAUUGACAGCCGCUUAGUGACCCCUCACCCAGCAGGGGGCUAUGAAAGAAAAGGAGCUUACAAUUAUAUAUUUCCAAUCGGGCCCCUGAGGGAGACAAAUUUUGAUUAUGAUUUUUUUUUUGCCAAGAAUGUCUAAAACAGUUCCCUUUCGUUAUCGUUAAGAACACUACUUAAACGCAGAGAUCUUUUAAGCUGUUAGACUACAAACUAUGACCUUUGAAAACAGUAUAACAAAGCUGCUAGGCUGUCCCAGGCUUGGAGAUAGUCGGAUCCGCGGGAUUGAGAAAGCGCGAACUUUUUCCUUUUUCCCGCCCUGCCCCUUUUUUCGCGUCCCUUUCACUUUCGCUUCUUCCUCACUAUCUCAGAACCUGGAACAGGCUACCAAAUGUUUGUGGACCUAACUGAGUUUUCCAGUCGCCUCCAUAUCAUAAGACACAAAACUGAAAAGAAAAAAAGGGCUACCAAGACUCGACGUGAAAGUACUUUAUACAUGUAUCUCGUUCUUUCAUUCACUCCCGAACCGUACCACAAAUAUGCAGACCUGAGACGCAUGCCAUGUAUUCCUGAGGGUCGUGAAGGGGUAAAAUGAAACUGGGAUUAGCCUUAUUGUGGACUGGGAAAAUGGGAUUUACUCACUGGGACUGGGAUUUAGCCACUGGGAAUGGGAUGAACAAUUAUAAAAUGGGAAUGGGAUUUCUUUUCUUUAGCGGUCUUUGCUCCAAUAUUUUGAAAUAGAAAAAUAAAAUUUCGUAGCAAUAGACCUUGCACUCCUCAGUAGAGACCGUGAAAUCAGUAUUUUUCGCCUUCGCGCCCGCGGUCUAGCUACCAGCUAGCAGAAUCAAGCGCAUGAUUUUGCAAAUAAUCAUUAGUAAUGGGAUUUUAGAUUUGGUAACUGGGAUUUUGGCAAAAAUUAGCCUGGGAACUGGGAUUUGGGCCAAAUUUAGGCUGGGAACUGGGAUUUGGUACGCCCCUUUACGACCCUCAUUCCUGGUUGUUUCUCUCGUCCUUCAACCCGCUUUGCAAUGUCCUAAACAACCAACAGAGCGUAGCCUUCAUAACAGGCGUACACUUUCCGCUCGGCAAGUAACUAGUGAUGUGGAAAACAGAAUUUGGAGAAUACCCUGCCACCUUGAGGACAUGUGCAUCAUGCUUGUCUCGGGACAUGGCUUAAAGAACGAUUUGAUUACAUUUGUAGCAUGCUUUUCUCGGGAACCUUAUUUAGCUUUUAGUUGAAUGUUGCAUAUAACUACGACCGGGAUUUUUUGAUCACAUUCUUUGCUUGUCUCGGUUCAAUGGUUUAAGGGACGAUGUAUAUUAUAUUUGUAGCUUGCUUUUCUCGGAAACUUAGUUGAAUUUUGCAUAAUGUUACAAGGUCAUUUCAAGUAUGUUACACGAAGUUGGUAUUCACUUGCGAUGUGUCACAUCUGUGUAUCUGCGUAUCCUCUAAGCUCGGUGUUUUCACUGCGUAUCCGCGUAUCCAAACAAUUUAGGGUGUAGCUUCGAAGAUCAAUAACCACUUUGUCUCUGAAGAUGACUGCUGUACAGGUUGUCGAAACGCCAGUCACUGUGACCAACAGUCCUACCCAGGAGUCAGGAAUACGUUCAGCCGCACGAUCAUACUCAACCUACUUAUGAAAUAACUCCUGGGUUCAAACCUUUCACAGUUUCACAAUCAUAUUAUCAUAAUUUCAUGGCUUUUGCCUUUAAAAUCAUAUUAUCAUAGUUUUAUAUCUCGAUUGAUAGUUUUUACCUGAGAACCUUGUGAUUAUUUUACUCUUGUCCUCAGCCAGUGAACCCAAAAUACACAACUUACAAUAUUUUCAGGAACGUGUCUGCCAUCUAAACUGUACAUACUGAGGAAUACUCACCAAAAAGCUAUGUCGUAAAUUUACAUACGGAAAUGAGUUCUAGCCAAUCAGAGAAGCGAACGAUGGUUUUCACACGAGAAAAAAAAACAAAAAAAAAACAACAACAAAAAACACUAGGGCCAUUUAUACGAGGAAAAAUAAGACGCGUCUUACAUAAGACGCGUUUGAAUAAGACGCGAACUGUACCAUUUAUACGAGCAUGUCUUAUCUAAUAAGACGCGUCUUAGCUAAGCCGCGUCUUAUUUUAGACGAAAUGUGCCGUUUAUACGGAAAGUUAGCGUCUUAUUUAAGACGCGUCCUAUUUUUCCUCGUAUAAAUGGCCCUAAUGAUACGUCCAAUAAGAAACCCAAACGAUGUUUUUUCACGUGUGAGAAAAAUGAUACUUUCGCGCCAAAACUCCCGCCUUUUAUAGGCGCUUGCAGUUUGCAGCGCCACUUCGCAGACAUUCAACGAGAAAAGUUUUUCUCGAAGUGUUUUUCUCGUAAAAAGUGUGAAAAAUAUCUCGGAAAUCGGAGUGGAAUAGUUUUGCUUGUUUUGCUGUCAAGGAAGAAUACUGUAGAGAGCCGGCAAAACAACGGCGGAAGGGGAAAAACUGAAGGGAGACGUAAGCUUAAGUUGUGCUUUUUGUCGGAGCUACUUUGUCUUCUAUUUUUAAAAGCCUAAGAACACACCAGCUGUGGUGCCACCUAACCGCUCUCCCCUGGGUACUCUGCAUUUGGUUCUUUCUGUCGAUUUUAUGCAGGGAUCCUGCAAAUUCACUCCCACUGAUGUGGGAGACACAUCUUCAAUUUUGCAAGCGUUACUUAGAGGUAAAUAA